GCGCGGGUUCCUGGCUCUCCACGCGCACUGCUUUUAUCAGACCGGUGCAGCCUCGAGCUGGAUUGACCAGCUGGGCCUGGAGCGAUGCGAGCUGGCCCCUGGGAGCAGCAGCGGCGGCAGCAGCGGCGAGGCGGCCGAGUGAGUUGGUCUGGAGGGCCCUCAAACCCCGACCCCAGGGAUGUGGCAAAGCGGACCUGGGCCAGGGAGGCGCGGCCGGGAGGGCUCUGAACUAGGCACAGGACGGUCAAGAAGACUGCAGUUCUGUUGGCUGCCUUGGUCGCCCCUCAGUGCGCUACUCCGCGAUCCAUAGGCUGCGACCAAACCCUAGAGCCGCCCUAAGCUCAGCACCCGACUGGGUAGCAGUGACGAGAAGCGGUCCUGAGUUCUCCGCGUUGGGGGCGGACGAAGAGUGGGGACAGUAGGGAAGCGGGCGACAGCGGGGAGCAGCUGGUUGGUUUCUGGGAAGAGAGCACGCAAGGGAGGUGGGAGGCUGAAGAGCUGCGGGCCUCCGAGGUCCCAGAGCGGACUCUGCAGCCUAUUGUGCGUCCCGCAACGCGCGCUCUGUUGCAGAGGAGCCCGGGCCGGGAAGUGUGGAACAGUCCCUCCAGAGGCCGGGCCGCCUUGCAGGCUCUAGUCCAGCGGAGCCCGAGCGACUCGGACCAAUCCCCGGUGAUUAUGCAAGACAGCGGACCAAUCAGCUCCGCCAGCUCAUGAAUAUUUAUGACCUUGGCUGAGUCAAAGCUUUGAACCGAGUUUGGGGAGCUCGGGAGCAUCAUGCUUAGACUUUUCAAAGAGACAAACUCCAUUUUCUUAUGAAUGGAAAGUGAAAACCCUUGUUCCGCUUAAAUUGGGUUCCUUCCUGUCCUGAGAAACAUAGAGACCCCUAAAGGGAAGCAGAAGAGAGAGAGACCCACACCCAGACCCCGCGAGAAGAGAUGACCAUGACCACCAUGCCAGAAAGUCUCAACAGCCCCGUGUCGGGCAAGGCGGUGUUUAUGGAGUUUGGGCCGCCCAACCAGCAAAUGUCUCCUUCUCCCAUGUCCCACGGGCACUACUCCAUGCACUGUUUACAUUCGGCGGGCCAUUCGCAGCCCGACGGUGCCUACAGCUCGGCCUCGUCCUUCUCCCGACCGCUGGGCUACCCCUACGUCAACUCGGUCAGCAGCCACGCGUCCAGUCCCUACAUCAGUUCGGUGCAGUCCUACCCGGGCAGCGCCAGCCUCGCCCAGAGCCGCCUGGAGGACCCAGGGGCGGACUCCGAGAAGAGCACGGUGGUGGAAGGCGGUGAAGUGCGCUUCAAUGGCAAGGGGAAAAAGAUCCGCAAACCCAGGACAAUUUAUUCCAGUUUGCAGUUGCAGGCUUUGAACCGGAGGUUCCAGCAAACUCAGUACUUAGCUCUGCCCGAGAGGGCGGAGCUCGCGGCCUCCUUGGGACUCACGCAGACUCAGGUCAAGAUCUGGUUCCAGAACAAGCGCUCCAAGUUCAAGAAGCUGAUGAAGCAGGGCGGGGCGGCUCUGGAGGGUAGCGCGCUAGCCAACGGCCGGGCUCUGUCUGCAGGCUCCCCACCAGUACCACCCGGCUGGAACCCUAAUUCCUCCUCCGGGAAGAGCUCAGGCAGUAGCGCGGGCUCCUACAUCCCCAGCUACACGUCGUGGUAUCCUUCCGCGCACCAAGAAGCUAUGCAGCAGCCCCAACUCAUGUGAGGUUGCCCACUCGCACCUUCCCGCCUCCUUCCCGUCUCCCUUGGCCCGGGCCCCUCCCGCCUCCAGGUCCAUCCACCCUGUCUGUGUGCCCUGAGCCCGGAGGAGGGCCAGAGGGAAAGAAGAAGCAGUGAAGACAUGACGCCCGCCUCCUCCUUGGAGUCCCUGGAGGUCCGACGCAGCGACUCCCCAGCGCCAGUACUCUCGCCGGAAUCCCGUCCUGGGCCACGCGGUGACUGCAGAGUGGCCUGGAAGCGCAGCUAUGGUCACCCGAGACAGCCGGAGCAGCAAGACAAACCCGCUCGAUCCCACCCUCCGACCCUCAGCUUUGUGGGACUAUCAGGAAAAACAAAAACAAUGUAGAAAAAGCAAAAGUUCUUUUCUGUCCUGUCCGUCUCUUGUCUCCUUUUGCUCUGUUUGUGCGCUGAGUAAAGAUCCUCUCGUCGUCUGCUGUUAUUCUGCCGCCACUGCAAAGUCGCCAGGUCUGAGCCACACGCGGCCCCCUGGGCCGCCCAUCUCCGGAUCCUGGGUCGUUUUGUCCUUUCAGGCCUUCUCCUAGUCCCUACCUGACCACCUGUGUAGCUUGUUUGAGAACUGGGGGAAAUUGGAGGGAGGGGUUUUUAUUUAUUGAAAAAAUGGACUUCACCUGAGGCUGAGUGUUGGCCAAUUCCAGGUUCUGUGGAGCGUGAGCGCACACUGUCCAAACGCACUGUUUACCUUAAAUUCACCCGGAAAAAACGAACAAGGAGGACGCAGUGAAUUUUAAUUUAUACAGUAACUUUUGUAUUUCGCUGGUAUGGAGUGGUUGAAGCUGAAUUAUUCGCAUUUUUUUUUACUACUUCAAGUAGGGUUUUGUCAACUCGGGAAGAACAACGCGCUUAGUCGCUUUGCCUGGACUUAAAGAAAAUUUUAAUUUGAAAGAGACAGGACCUAUGUGCAGCAGUGAAAAAAUAGGCAAGAGUGAGCAAGCGCCCUAAUCCCGAUAGGGCUUUAAAGAAAGCAAAAACAGCUUUAUAACAAUCCCCAGAGGUUUGACCACAGAAUGCCAGUCACCACCCUGAAGGCAUAGUCUCCAGUGCAGGAUCUAAUAGUUGUACAUAUUAUUAUUGUUAUUAUUAUUAUUAUUGUUCUGUAAACAUGUUGCACAAUCUUAGCUUUUUUUUUUUUUUCUGUUGUGUGUGGCUGUAAAACCUGAUGCUUUGUGAAAUGAGAAUCUUGACAUUCUACUUGUGAAAUUUGGAAAAUGUGACCAAUUGAAAUCAACUGUGUUUUGUGUUCUCUAUGUCAAAGUUUAGUUUUAUAUUGAGAAUGUUAACUUAUUGCUUUGUAUCUUGGGGGAAAAAAGAACUUUGUAAAUAAGUUAUAAAGUUUCUUUGAGACAGUAAAAUUAUGGUUUCA